AUGGACCAGACGUCGUCCUCUACGACGCUGUCGCACGAUUCCACUCUUCACCCACCCUCGGACGAUUCGGGCGGCAAAUCCACGCCCAUCCGAACACCCUCGCGAUCAUCCUCCAGCUUCGACGACGACAGGAGCAGCCCUCUCCAGCUUGAUGACCUGUCGAAGCUACGGAAACCACCCCAAGCGCACAGAGAGGAGCCCAGGAGAGUAACCGGUUCUCGUGGAGUAGGCGAACGAGACGAUUCAGACGACGACGACGACGAUAGCGACAACGCCGAAGACGACGCUCUCGUGACAGAGCAGGAUCCCGCCGAGAUGUCGAGCUGGUCGGGGCAGCCCUCCAUUAGGGGGAGCUCUGAGGCUAUGCGCAUGAUUCUCCUGACGUUCAACACCCUCGGCAUCACCUUUACAUGGGGAAUUGAGAUGACCUACUGCACACCAUACCUCCUCAACCUCGGCCUGUCGAAGAGCAACACAUCGCUGGUUUGGGUUGCAGGCCCUCUGUCUGGCCUUGUGGUGCAGCCCAUUGUCGGGGCGAUUGCGGACGAGUCCAAGUCGAAAUGGGGCAGGCGACGUCCUUUCAUAGUGCUGGGCUCGAUCAUCACGGCGUUUGCCCUGGCAAUAUUGGGCUUUACCAAGGAGAUUGUGGGGAUAUUCAUCUCGGAGAAGGAGACUGCCCGCAUAUUCACCAUUAUCCUGGCGGUGCUGGCAAUCUACGUCGUGGAUUUUGCCAUCAAUGCCGUCAUGUCUUGCGCAAGAAGCUUGAUCGUCGACACGCUGCCGAUCGAGAAGCAGCAGACCGGCGCUGCAUGGUCCAGCAGGAUGUCUGCCAUCGGGCACAUGCUGGGCUACAUUGCAGGAGCCGUAGACCUGGUUGGCAUCUUUGGCACAUGGCUGGGCGAUUCGCAGUUUCAGAUCCUCACGGUGAUUGCCACGUUCAUGAUGCUGUUCUCGUCAGCAGUCACAUGCUGGGCCGUGACGGAGAGGGUCCUCGUGUCGACGAGGCAAGACCCGCGCCAGGCCACCGGAAAGUUCAAAGUGUUCCGCCAGAUCUGGUCGACGCUGCUUCAUCUGCCGCCCAGAAUCCAGGCCAUCUGCUGGGCGCAGUUCUGGUCCUGGAUCGGCUGGUUCCCGUUCCUCUUCUACAGCACCACGUGGGUGGGCGAGACCUACUUCCGCUACGACGCCGCCGCGGACGGCAAGGACUCCAAGGAUGCGCUGGGAGACAUCGGUCGCAUCGGCAGCAUGGCCUUGGUCAUCUACUCGACCAUCACCUUCAUCGGCGCCUGGCUGCUGCCUCUCAUCGUCAAAUCGCCGGACGACGACAACUUUACGGCCCGGCCCCCUCGGGCCAUUGCCCCGUUUUUGGAGAAGUUUAGCAAGAAGAGGCCCGACCUCAUGACGGCCUGGAUCUUUGGACACCUCAUGUUCGCCGCCGCCAUGUCCCUGGCGCCCUUUGCCACCAGCUUCCGGUUCGCGACGUUCCUCGUUGCCGCCUGCGGUUUCUCCUGGACGAUAGCCAUGUGGGCGCCGUCGGCGUUCCUCGGCGUUGAGGUCAACAAGCUGAGCGGGGGAGGAGGAGGCGGCGGCGCGGCAUACCGACGCCUGUCGGAUGCCUCCAACAUUGAGCUGCCGACGCUCGGUCAGGACCAGCCGCUGCACCUCGAACACGGGCCAGACGAGAACACGCAACCGUCCUCGUCGACCGGCGAGCUCUCCGGCAUCUACUUUGGCAUCCUCAACAUCUACACAACGCUGCCGCAGUUCAUCGGCACCUUCAUCAGCUCCAUUGUCUUUUCGAUCCUGGAACCGGGCAAGAGCCCCGAGCUGUCAGACGCGCCGAAGGAUGAGCACCACAACACGGACGGCCCGAACGCCAUCGCCGUCUGUCUCUUCAUCGGCGCCAUGUGCGCCAUCGUUGCUGCUUUCGCCACACGAAAGCUGAAGCAUCUUUGA